AGGAGCCCAGCUGGCUUCACUUAGUGGAUCCUGCACAGGGGCCCCAGGUGGAGCUGCCUGCUAAUCCCUCCCAGUGCGCCCACACUCCUCAGCCCUUGGGCGGUCAAUGGGACCGGGCGCCACGGAGCAGGGGGGCGGCGCUCAUUGGGGAGCCUCAGGCAGCCCAGGAGCCCACAGGGGUGGGGAGGCUCAGGCAUGGCUGGCUGCAGGUCCUAAGCCCCACCCCGUGGGGAGGCAGCUGAGGCCCGGCGAGAAUUCCAGCGCAGCGCAGCGCAGCGCCGGCGGGCCGGCACUGCUGGGGGAUCCGGCUCACCCUUCGCAGCUGCUGGCCCAGGUGCUAAGCCCUUCACUGCCUGGGGCUGGCGGCGCCGGCCGCUCAGAGUGUGGGCCGCGGAGCCCACGCCUACCCGGAACUCACGCUGGCCAUCGAGAGCGCGCGUGCAGCCCCAGUUCCCGCCCGCGCCUCUCCCUCCACACCUCUCCGCAAGCAGAGGGAGACGGCUCCAGCCUCAGCCAGCCCAGAGACGGGGUCCCACACUGCAGCGGCAGGCUGAAGGGCUCCUCAAGCGUGGCCCGAGGAGACGCCAAGGCCCAGGAAGCGCUGAGAGCGAAAGACGGCCGCCAGCACGUUGUCAUCUCUCACAAUGACCUUGGCAGAUGCGUGGAUGCUGACAAAAAUUGUACAAGAGAAUUUAUGAACAAAAACAAAAGAGACAAAUGGCGAAAAAUAUUUGAAGUACUUUUUCUUGGGCUGGCUCUUCUCCAAAUGACAACUGAUAACUAGGUAUUUGAGGUCCAGAAGAUGAUGGGCAAGAUGAAAAACCUGAUCACUGCAGAAAAAAAGAAUCAGAAGUACAGCCAGGACCAGAUGCUGAAGAAGAUCGAUUUGAUGUGGAUUCGUAGACUCUAUGGGAUAAAUCAGGCAACAAAGCCAGUGGGAAUUAAGAAGCAGGCAGAAGCAGAGCCAGGAGGUACACAGCUGAUUUAGCAUCUUUAUAGCUAUGAGUUUUCUUUUAAGCUCAUUCCCCUCUAAGAUACAUCUAUUGGUUUUGAAGUUACUGCUCCCUGAGACCAAUCUCAAUGGCGUUCUUGAACUUGAAAUCAAAAAGAUCUGCAUCCUCCUUCCAGCUCUGACAUGUAUUAGCUGCAUAAACCUAGACAAAAUAUUUAUAUUAUUUGAAUUAUAAUGGGCAACAUAAUAUCUCACUCAGAAAUAUUAUGAAGAUUAAAUAAAAUAUUGAGGGUCAGCUACACGGCACACUGUAGGCUCUUCAUGAUGUUAUUCCCUCCCUGUGCAUUCAUGCUUACAACACCCUUGAAGCCCUCUGGAAUAGAAAGUAUCCAGGUUUCAUGUUGUGGUGAUUGAUAGGGGAAAAUGGUCAUAUGAUAGAGGUGUUAUUACACCGGUGGAAAGUGUGAUGCCAGAUAAGCCACUUAAAGAUGCAACCCGCUCCUAACUUAGCAGGUACUGAGACCAGCUUCAGUGCCAGCAAAGUUUAAUACCCAUUCCCAUGAGCAUGGGACCCAGCAGGGUCAAAUGUAAGAUGAGUUCCUUUAAGUCGGGGUGAAGGAGAACUCAUGCUAUACAAAGCUUUCGUGGAGAAGACUAGGAGCAGGAGAUACAAAGUGUGCAAGUCAAUCAUGACUGUUAAUAAUAAGCAUAUAUAUAUACACGCACACACACAGAUAGAUAUGAAACUAAGCACCUGCCACGUGCCAGAGUCUGUGCUGGGAGUUUUACAUCUCAUUCAUUCUCAUAAUUCCUGCACGGUAAGUAUUAAUAUUGCCAUUUUAUAGAUGGGGACAUUGAUCUUCAAAGAGGUAAAAUAACUUGUCCAAAUUACACAGCCAGCAAGUAAUAGUAACGAAUCUGUUCAACUCUGUAUCCUUGGAUCUUAUUUUUGAUUCAUUGAUUUAUUUCGAAGGCUGAAAUAAUGUGGGGAUUUUGAUAUGGUUCUUCCGCUACAGGGACCUGCUACCAGUUAACCAGAGAUUUAACCUGAAAUUUUGAUUGCUGUUGUAUAGGCCCCUCCAAAUUUAACUAGGUAAUAAUUGAUAAUGAACACAACAGUGAAGCAGUUGAGUGUGGGGAGAAUAUGGGGGAAAUAUUAUCCUAGAUGUCAUAUGUAUACAUAAGAUACAUACUUUGGCAUCAGAAAAUUUCUCUGGAUUUAGAAGAUUUAUUUACCAUGGAGAAUACAUUUCUAGAGUAGGGAAAGUACUAAAGAAAAAAUAUAUAUUGCAUAGGAAACAAGAAACGUUCCCUUGUCCCCCUGGAGGACAAGGUGUGUGAUGGGGGUGUGGCUCACUGAAGUGCCCCUGCCGCUCAAACCUCUAGGGGAGCAUAUAGAAGGGCAGGUUCCGACCCCACCGCAGUGUCUAGGGGUAAAUGUGUACAGCUCCUGAAGCCCCAGUGGGCGUGUGUCACAGGGUACUCUUUUGUUUACCUGUCCCUAGGCAGCUUAUGUUAGUCAGUUCAAUUAGACCCCUGCCUUAUGGCAAUGACAAAGGCCUUUCUAUAUCCAGGGAUUCUUGCCUUGAUAUAUCAGAAGUAUCAGAUCACGUGUGGGCUUGGAGAAUGAAUGCAAGGUUUUAUUGAGUGGCAGUAGCUCUCAGCAGAUGGGGGAGCCAGAAGAGAGAUGGUUUUCCCCCGGAGUCAGGCCACUGGGAGUUUCAGCUUUACUCGGAGUUCCAACUUUUCUCCAAACCAUGCCUCCCCGGCAAAUCCGCAUCAUUCUGCUCCUUGAUGGCAUGCCCGCGUGCCGGUGUGCUCCCACGCCAGUGCAUCCCUCUCUGCGUCCAGCCCUGUGUGUUCCUCUACUGAUGUGUUCCUUUCAAUGUCCAGCCACCUCUGUGUCUGCCCGCUGGGGUCUCGGGUUUUUAUGGACACACGACGGGGGCGUGGCAGGCCAGGGUGGUCUUGGGAAAUGCAACAUUUGGGCAGGAAAACAAAAAUGCCUGUCUUCACCUAGGUCCAUGGGCACCGGCCCAGGGGUGGAGCCCUAGGCAGGGACCACACCCUCCUCUACCCAGCACUUCCCUUCCCCUCUUCCAUAUUGUUUAAAGGGACCAGCCCUUCCCUUCCCAGCACUUCGGUAUCACAUAGAGGAAGUAACUUCCAAAAGUUCUAAUGAUGUUAUUGUACUUGAAUAUUCAGCAUAUAAUAUUAUAAUCUUCUAUCUCUGUCCAAAAUUUUCAAUGCAGUCUCAAUUUCUUUUUAUUUGUCUAAAAAAUGUAAUUCCAAUUUCUAAUGAUAACUGGUGAAAAAACCUAAUUUGCUUGUAAGGAACUAUUUUUCCAAUUAAGUUUGCUGGCAUUCAUCUACAUGCU